CUAUGGUGCAUACUAUUCUGUAGCAGCCCGUCUCACGAGCCAUGUGACGUAGAGAGUCUAUUCUACAGCACUGAAAGGAAAGCAGAGCAACCCCCUUUCAGAAGCGCCGAGUGAGCAUGUGUGGCUCACGACUGGCUAGGAUGUCCUUUAAUAUACGGUUGCUAUGGAAAUGGAUGACAUGAAAUGGAUCCGUACGGCUAACGGCUAAAACAUCUCCUCACCUCGUGUUUUUACAGAAAUCACUGCCAACAACCUGACACGUCAUAAGGAGAUCUGCACCAGCCGAGUAACAGUUCCAUGAGGUGCCGGCACAGAGGAGAGGCAUGCGCAACAGAAAAUACACACGCACUAAAACUAGUGUCUCCUUUUUCAACUAUCAGCCAGAGCCAUCAAUCUCUCUCAUCGGUCCAGUUCACACUCUCCUUUGUUCCUGCAAGAAAAGUCUGUGCCUGAGUGUGGUGAGAGAGGGGAAAGAGAGAGAGAGCGAGGGGAGAGAGAGAAAAGAGAGGGAGACAAACGAAGAGACCUGCUCAAUUCAAUUUCUCAUUCCUGUCUCCUCUCCAGUCCAGUGGAGCCGGCGCUGAGCAGAGGGGCUGAAGAUUGGCUGCUGCCCGCUCUAGCACCAGGAUCCUCUACAGCCGUCUGGGGUGAGGGGUGGAGGAGACGAGGUGCCUGGCUGGGGCUGGGUGGAUGCUGCCUGGAGGGGGGGUGGCCACGGCAGCAGCAGAGGCAGUGGGAGGAAGAUGGCAUCCACAUGCAUGCAGAUCUUCGCCUUCAUCCUGGCGCUGUUGGGCAUCAUGGGGGCCAUGGUGGCCACACUGCUGCCCAAUUGGAAGGUGAGUGCCGACGUGGGCUCCAACAUCAUCACAGCCAUCUCCCAGAUGCAGGGGCUGUGGAUGGACUGCACCUGGUACAGCACCGGCAUGUUCAGCUGCACCUUGAAGUACUCGGUGCUGUCGCUGCCCGCCUACCUGCAGACUGCCCGCACCACCAUGGUGCUGUCCUGUGUGAUGGCUGCCAUGGGCCUGUGCCUGGCAUCCCUGGGGCUCAAAUGUACCCGCUGGGGGGGCGGCCGGCGCUCCAAGAGGCACGCGGCCAUCGCCAGCGGGGGCUGCUUCAUCGCCGCCGGCUUCCUGUGUCUGGUGCCCGCUUCCUGGUUCACCAACGAGGUCAUCACUAACUUCCUGGACCGCAGCGUGCACGAGAGCAAUAAGUUUGAGCCCGGGGGGGCCGUGUACGUGGCCUUCCUGUCGGCAGGCUUCCUCUUCGUGGGGGGGUCCAUCUUCUGCGUGUCUUGCUCGGGGAAGAGGCCCGGUCACCAGGACAUGAUCUUACUGCCCCCCCCCAACAAACUCAUACUGCAGCAGCAACAGCAGCUCCUACAGCAACAGCAGCAGGACCAGCACCAGUACUGCUCCCUCUCCCCACUAGACAAUAAGACAGGCUACAGCCUGCAGGACUAUGUGUAGGCUAAAGCAACAAGCCACUUGCUACUGCUAGGCAGACCAGUUAGGGGAAACAACCAGGGCUUGCACUGCGUAAGAGAUUGAAUAGGAGACUAGAGCGGAGGGGAAGGACUUUGAUGGCGUCUCUUUCCCUUUCCCCUCUUUUUCUGUUCUGCAAGCACAAGCAGUGGAGGUAUUCCCCGAGCAGCCCCUUGGAACAGACGGACGGAUGGUGAAUGUGAAAUGCAGCGCAGCCGGGGGAGGAAGGGAAGCGCUGCAGAAUGGGAGGGGAGCCACAGCUCCACACAUGCAGAUACCCCAGCAAUCAUCAGUAAAUCCAUUAAGACUUCCCGGGGGAAUGGAUUAGCUGAUAACAAGCCUCCCGUUAAUUUCCUUUUCCUCGCCAAAGGUUUGAAUUAAUAAGCAAUCAUUUAGCUGCUAAUAAUUGUAUGGCAACCACCCAUUCGGCAAGUUGGCAAUAUUGCUAUUAUUGUCUCAGAGGCAAUAACAGUACGUGCAAUUCCCUUUUCAUAAGCAAGCUACUGUUUUGAAAUAUCCACUAGAUAUGCUAGUUGUUGGGACUGAUUUAAGAAAUGGUCUUAUUUUUGGUAGCUAAUAGACUGAUUGAUAUUUUGCCUAAGCAUGCUGUUUGGAGCCUGUCUGUGUAUAAUGCAGAGGAAUGCCUGUUAGAGACUGAGACGUAUGUAGUGUAGCCAACGCAAUGCCUAAAAAGCUGUAGUAUAUUAUCCUUCCCAUUGAAACUGUUCAAAGAGUGCUGUCAGAAUGAAUACAUAGGGUUCUGGGCUUGGAGAUCGAACAGAAUGGCAUAUAAACAAAAUCCUGUAACUCACCCUGCAGGUAGAGACAGACCGAGACAAAGAGACAGACAGACAGAGAGGAAGGGACAAACAGCGAGACAACACACACACAGAAAGAGACAAACAGCGAGAGAGAGACAAACAGCGAGACAACACACACACACACACAGAGAGACAAACAGCGAGAGAGAGGGACAAACAGCGCGAGAGAGAGGCACACAUAGACACACAGAGAGAGACAGUCCCACCUCCAGCAAAGUGGACUGUAUGACAUACUUUACUAUUAAGCUCCAAAAUAAAAAGGAGCUGCCUUCAGGCUGGGCUACGCAUACAAAACACUCAUACACCCACAGACGCACAGUUCACACACACCCACACAUAGAUUACACAACCACACAGAGAUACAAAAACCCACACAAACUGUACCCUCUGCCUCACUGGGCUGUGUGUGCUUUUCAUCCUGCUGUCCGCCUCCUCACUGCCAUGGAAACGGGAUCCUGCGCCCAAAUAUCUUUAUUGUCUGCGGUGGGGGGUGGGGUGUCAGCCUGUACUUUGAGGUUGGUUAGGGGGGCAUCUCUCUCUUUCUCUCCCUCCCCACCCCCAUGGCCCCAUAAGCCUUGUGAAGAGCCUCCACACAUGCACAGCUGCUUCACUAAUGCCCUUUAUUAGCCCAGUGACAGGGAGCACCAAGCCACUGUUACACCCAGGCCUGUCUGGGAAAUACUCUCUUUAUGUUGUCCCAUAUUACACUGUGUCUGACAUGCAAUUAGUGUUAUGGUGAAAAAGGGCUGUGUUUUGAAAAGUCAGGCUGAUUAUUAGAAUUGUAGAUCAGUAGGUAGAAAAUGGCACUUGCAAUGCCAGGAUAGUGGGUUCGAUUCCCGGGAUCACCCAUACGUAAUAUGUAUACACGCUUGACUAAGUCGCUUUGGAUAAAAGCGUCUGCUAAAUGGUAUAUAUUAUUAACUGCAGCAGAUGUGCCUCCAAAUCUAGAAAACGGUUUGAGGUAUUCCACUAUGUGACUUGUUUAGUGCGUCAGCAGUGCAUAUGCUACUGUUCAGCACCUGCAGGAGAUUGUGUGGCUAAAGUUAAAGCAACUUCUCUGUGCCAUUCUCAUCUUUCCUAUUGCACCUGUCAGCUUUGCUCUCCUCUACCUCUCCCUGUUCCACCUGGUCUCUCCAUCUAUAGCAGUCUUUGUCUAAAGGGAAGUAAAGCAGCAUUUCUCUGACAGGGAACACUGUUGCAUGUUAAGAACAUGCUGGUCAGCGCACACACACACACAACUCCCGCCACCAACUUAUUUGUCAGGGCUGCUACUGCACUUUAACAUAAUCAAGUUCCCAUGUGUGUCUGUACACGGCUGAGAGGAAAGGAAGAUGUGCUGUCUCCAGCCUGAAAUGGCUGCUCUGGUGACAGGCCCUGGCAGUGAUGUGUGGCGCAGACCGCGUGUUGUUCGUUCUCUAACACACUGUUUUUUACAGGGCGAGCAGAUGGCUAAGCCCAGCUCGCCACCUGCAGGCGACUGCCUGCACACUGGAGGCAUCACUAGAGGUCCUGGCAGCCUGUUUCAUACCCUAUGUAUAGAGAAGAGAGGACCGGACAUCAGUAUAAUAAUACACUGCCCAAUGCCCAGGCACCCCUUACGAACGCAAUAAAAAUAACAAGAAUGUCAAUGUGCCCUCGUGAACAAACUGAAUACAUACCAACACAUACACGCGUUGGAGAAUGUGCCAAAUCAACUCCUGUCAAGUUUGAUACUGCAUGUAGUUCAUACAGUUUACUUUUUUUAUUACAUUUGUUUGUAUGUGAAUUAUACAUUGGCAUAUGGUUUUAUGGAGUAAUUAUUUGUUGUGCGAGGCCAAGUCUUGAGUAAGCUAGACACUUGUAUACAGUAGGAUGCAGCUUUCUAUGGUUAUUUUUUCAACCUUAUUAUUCCAAUACAUUCCAAAGCACACAAUCAUUUCAGACACAAACAAUUCUGAUUUCAUCGGGAAAGCCUUGCACAAUUGUUUAUUUUUUAUUUGUUGUAAUGUUUAAAUCAUGCUUCUGCAGAGAACAGUAUGCAUUUGGCUAGGACAUUUGUGGACUUAAUUCGAUUUUUUUUGCCAUGGUAACUUUCUUUCCUAUUUAGUUCAAAUGUCUUUUUAUCAUGUCCAUACACUGCAUCUUCUUCAUAAGAAGACUACUUGACUGCACCUUUGCUUGUGUUACCUUGUUGGACAGCGCAGUUUGUUUCAAGCGGCUGAGCAAUGCAAGUCCUCUGGACCGGUUCAAAUGUACAUAACACAACUGGCAGUCUGAAAAAGAGCAAAGCCAUUUCUGUCUGAUGUGAUUUGAGCAGGCCAAUGUGAGCUGGAGGUUUGUUCCGUUGUGUAGAUGUGCAGCCUGUUCCUCGGCCAGCCAGCGCACCAUUUCAUUAGCUUCAAAUGGCCUAGAUGUCUAAACAGCUGCAGCUCUCCUGCAGAACCAAGACAGGAAUUAUCAUUUUGAUAAUUGCAGCUUAUUUUCGUGGAUGCUUCAGCACUUCUUAAUUUGCCAGAGGAUUUUCAACAGUUCAAGUGUUCUGGUUACUGUUGUCUAAAUGUGCUUGUGCAAGUAGUUAUAUUUUUUACUAAUAAAAAAAUAUUUUGUGGAAGCAGAGCAAUAUGCCUAUAUUAAAUGACUGUGUGUGUACGUGUGAGCAGUUCGGGAUGGCUCUCAGCUUCCUGCCAAAAACACAGAUUUCUGGAAGGUACUGGAUGUACCGUGCGUAGGCAAGCAGGCAUGCUGUCUCUUCAUACUGUUCUUAUAACCUCUAUAUACACACACAGCAGCUCUCUGAAAAACAGCUCAAAGAAGAGACGGAGGUUUCACUCCCUUCAUGAACACGUAUCCAUAAAACAUUACAUACCGUCUGCAAAUUGGAUGAAAAAAGCCGAAACACACUCCAUAAAGCACGUUCAGAAUCGAGCUCUCUCUCAUUGAGAUGUAAACACAAUACUUCACAGAGGUAUGGAGAGAGCAUCAGCAAGUGGCAUGAAAUAACUAACCCUGUGAGAGUUGUGGCAAAUGGGGAUUAUUUUGUCUGGUGUAUGUCUGAGUGUGAACAGAAUGAUAAUGAAUGACAGCAUGUGUAGGUUAGCUGCUGCAACAUUUGUACAAUUAGAAUGGAAUACAAAGCAACAGCUGAUGAAGCCAGUCAGUCAGCACGGGUAACAUGGAGUGCAAUCUGCAUCCCCCAUCCCUUCCUCCGGUUCCACCGAGCAUCCCAUCAGCCAUCGGGCAUCAAAACAGCCUCGCCAGCUUUAAAAUCGGACUCAUAUGAAGAGUAAUGCCAAGUCAGACUGGAGAGAAAUAUCCAAUACUAAGACCCCACAAAUACUGGUCUUAGUUCCAGCUGGGGAAUAAAUCCCUGCUUUUCAUACAUGAAGUAGAUGCCUUAAAGCACAGGUGUCAAACUCAUUCCACGGGGGGCCGAGUGUCUGCGGGUUUUCGCUCCUCCCUUGUACUUGAUUGAUGAAUUAACAUCACUAAUUAGUUAGGAACUCCCCACACCUGGUUGUCUAGGGCUUUAUUGAAGGGAAAAACCAAAAACCUGCAGACACUAGGCCCUCCGUGGAAUGAGUUUGACACCCCUGCCUUAAAGCCUCCAUGCGGUCUUUAUAAUUGUAUUUUUAAAUCACUGUAGGUCAAUUGUUUUUGUUAUAUAUAUUUAACUAGGCAAGUCAGUUAAGAACAAAUUCUUAUUUACAAUGACGGCCUACAACGGCCAAACCCGGACGACGCUGGGCCAAUUGUGCGCCACCCUAUGGGACGCCGGAUACAGCCUGGAAUCAAACCAGGGACUGUAGUGACGCCUCUUGCACUGAGAUGUAGUGCCUCAGGAGACCAUAAAUCACUGUUUUGUUUAUUUUUUCAAAAAUAACGAAAUAUUUAUUUUAUUUUAUCAGAGUUAUAUUAUACUGAGACCAAGGUCUCUUUUAUAGAUGAGCCCGUAAUUACAUAAAAUGCACACAUCAAAAUAUAAAAAUACAAGCAGAAAGAAAAAACACGGUCAUAAAAAACAAACACAUUUAUUAGUAAUAAGAUCCUCAAUCAGCUUUCUGAAUCGCACUAGAGGCACCAGAACAUCACAUUUAACAACAUUUAGAAAACUGUUUCACAAAUAAGGUUCAAGAAAACUAGACUGAACAAAAAUAUAAAAACGCAACAUAAAUACUUUCCAAUAUUUUACUGAGUUACAGUUCAAUUAAGGAAAUCAGUCAAUUUAAAUAAAUAAGUCCUAUUCAUGGAUUUCACAUGACUGGGCAGGGGCGCAGCCAUGGGAGGGCCUGUGAGGGUAUAGGCCCACACACUGGGGGAGCCAGGCCCAGCCAAUCAGAAUGAGUUUUUCCCUAACAAACAGGAUUUAUUACAGACACAAACACUCCCCCACCCCCUCUCAGAGGAUCCCACAGGUGAAGCCAGAUGUGGAGGUCCUUGGCUGGCGUGGUUACAUGUGGUCUGCGGUUGUAACAUACUGCCAAAUUCUCUAAAACGACGUUGGAGGCAGCUUAUGGUAGAGAAAUGAACAUUCAAUUCUCUGGCAACAGCUCUGUUGGACAUUCCUGCAGUCAGCAUGCUCCCUCAAAACUUGACACAUCUGUGGCAUUGUGUUGUGUGACAAAAAUGCACAUUUUAAAGUGUCCUUUUGUCCCCAGCACAAGGUGCACCUUUGUAAUGAUAAUGCUGUUUAAUCAGAUUUUUGAUAUGCCACACCUGACAGGUGGAUGGAUAAUCUUGGUAAAGGAGAAAUGCUCACUAACAGGGAUGUAAACAAAUUUGUACACAACAUUUUUGUGCGUAUCGAAAUUUCUGGGAUUUUCUUUUUUUCAGCUCUUGAAACAUAGGACCAACACUUUACAUGUUGCAAGCAUGUUUGGGAUGCUCUGGGUCGACAUGUACGACAGUGUGUUCCAGUUUCUGCCAAUAUCUAGCAACUUCGCACAGACAUUGAAGAGGAGUGGGACAACAUUCCACAGGCCACAAUCAACAAACUGGUUAACUCUAAGUGAAGGAGAUGUGUCGCGCUGCAUGAGGCAAAUGGUGGUCACACCAGAUACUGACUGGUUUUCUGAUCCACGGCCCAAUUCUUCUUCUUCUUUUUUUUUUUAAAGGUAUCUGUGACCAACAGAUGCAUAUUUGUAUUCCCAGUCAUGUGAAAUCCAAUUGACAGAUUUUCUUAUAUGAACUGUAACUCAGUAAAAUCUACUGUAACUCAGUAAAACCUUUGAAAAUGUUGCACUUAUAUUUUUGUUCUGUAUAGAUAGUAAUGAGAAUCUCGCGUCUCAUUACAGCUGAUUACAGCCAAGUCGACAGUGGGAAGUUCGGAGAUAUGUGGCUUUCUUGAAACAAACAUGGAUUAUUCAAGGCGUUCUCUCCUUUUGGUUAUGCAACAGAGUGGAGAUCAAAUAGCAGCUCCCCUCUUGGGUAAACGUUAAUAAGAUCCGCUCCUCUGUGUAUUUAUCCUACAUUUCCUUCAAAGGGUUUCACCCUGAGAUGCCGUCAUGACAGAUCAGGGAUGUGGGCUCAGAGGAGAACUUUGAACCCUGCAGGCAUAGGGGUUAAUCCAACUGUAUAUCCCACCUUGAGCGUCAAGACAAGUUGACUUGCACUGCGCACGCUCAGUUACAGCGAGAUGCAUGAUAUCGUCUGUAGAUGCAUGUGGUUGAGGCUCUAAAUCAAAUCCGCUCUUUAUCGAUAUCAUUUUUAAACCGAUAACAUUUUACAGCCAGAGUUAUU